AUCCUAGAACAGAAAUUUGAAUAUAUAAAGUAUCUGUUCCGUUCGGAAACAGUAUCAUUUACUUACCAAUUGAAGUCUAAGCAGUAGCUCCUGUUUGCUCCGAGCAUUUAAAAAGUCUUACAGAAAUGGCAUUUAAAUUCUUCGCUUUUCUCGCCCUGGUCGCUGCUGCCAGCGCCGCAGUGCUGCCUGUUGCCCUGAAGCACAUCGAAUAUCACGAAGCUCCUGCAGAGUACCAGUUCUCGUACUCUGUGCACGACGAUCACACCGGAGACAUCAAGAGCCAACAGGAGGAACGCCACGGUGAUAAUGUUGUUGGACAGUACACCCUGAUCGAUGCCGAUGGAUACCGCCGAGUAGUUGACUACACCGCCGAUGAACACAACGGAUUCAAUGCCGUCGUUCGACGUGAACCUUUGACCCAUAAGGUCGUUAAGGCCGUCGUCCCAGUUGCCAAGUUCGUUGCUCCGGUUGCCAAGGUCGCUGUUCCAGUGGCCAAGAUUGCGUACCCAACUUACUACCAUCAUUAAAUUGUUCACGCAAAAUCGAUGCCAGUGCUGACUGUUACGUGAAUUUGUUGUAGAAUAAAGUAAUUUAUUGAAUCUUA